AUGGCUUCGGGAAACUGCAGCAACAAUUCGAAGAAACAGAAAGUGAGAAUCAAUAGUGCUGAAGAAACCCUAGACCGACUCAGUGAGUUGCCGGAGUCGCUCCUAAUUCAAAUUCUCUCUUCUGCCGACAAAGGAUGCACUCACAACAUAAAUUACAAUGUCAGUGAACUAGAAAACUUCCGGUCCUUUGUUGACUAUGUUUUAGCUCAUUCCGUUUCUCCUAAAAUUAAAGCAUUCGAGCUCGACUGCCUUGACCUGGAUGAAUACGCGUCAGAAGUCAGCCGAUGGCCUAGUUUUGCUGUUGAAAAGAAAGUGGAAAAUGUUUUAUUGUGGUCACAUUCUGAUUACAACGCUUGCCCAUUGCCUGAAUUUUUCUACACCUGUUCGUCCUUGAAAACAUUAGUUUUGACGGGUUGCGACUUUGACGAUGACAUGGUCAUAGCAUGGAAGUCUCUAAAGAGCAUGACAUUGAAGUAUAUGGUGUUAUCCAAUUAA